GAUGGAGGGAAAACGGGGGGAAAGCAACGGGACGUUGCUUCGGUCGAAAGCUAUCUCAUCAAGCUAGCAGUCUUGUCUUGGCUACUCACCAGUCAUUGUCACAUUUAACUCCCUCCACUUCCCAUUUUCCUACCUCCCUCCCCAUUUCUCCCUCUCUCUCUCUCUCUUUCCCCCCCAAUGUUCAACUUACUUCUUUGCUUCUCCACUGCCGCAAAUCCGAUACUGAUAAUGUAUUAGACUGAAACUGACGGCACUCUUCCUCCGUUCUCUCGAGGUUCUUAUUGCUAAAGGGUCACCUUCCUUUUCUUCUUCUUCUUCGGUGGUUCUAUACUAAAUAUAUUGACGUGCUCUGCCCUCAGAAUGGAGGCUAGGCUAUUUCAGGCGAUGUGAAUUUUUGGAGUAAGCUCAAUUUGCACACCAAACUUAAGGAUAGGUGCCAAGGCAAUGGUGAUAGGAUAGACAACAAAAUUCAAAUAGUUAAUUCAGAUGAGGCAAGUUUAGAGGGGCUUAUGAAAGAAGAGAAGCCGUCCGAGAAACAGACAGAGAAAAAAAUUGUCACUGAUAAAAUGAGAAACUCACAACGGAAACCUGUUAAUAGUUUACUAAGAAACCAUGGAACAGAAAACAAAACUUGUCAAGGGUCGUGUGGUAUACCUGUUCAGGUUUGGGAAGAUGUAGUGAAUACAGAACAUUAUCCGCCUUCUCAUAAAAGAAUUGUGGAUAUCUCUUUAAACAAGCUUAUACCAUCAGCAUCAACAAAGGAAUUCUGCAAAGAGGUACAUCCUAAAAAAAGAAGAUCUUAUGGUUGUAAAAGUAUCAGCUGCGUGGACUAUGACAGGAUGAAGGGCAUUAAUCUUCAGCCAGCGCAGACCAAUGAAGCAGAGGAAACUGGAAAUCAGAAGUUCUCUGACAGAAAAUAUCUCAGCAGAGAUGAGGCAGGCCAUGAGUCUAAACAAUUAUCAGAUGCACUGAAGAUUUUAAAUUCUAAUAAGGAAUUAUUUAUAGAACUUCUUCAAGACCCAAAUUCACUCUUAGUAAAACGUAUACACGGCUUAAAGAAUUCUCAGGUAAAAGGAUCACAGACUCAAUUUUUUCCAGGGGCCAAAUUGUCUGAAUAUCAGAUAUGUAACAUGAGACAACAUGAAGAGUCCGCCAGUCCUGAAAGGUUGAAAUCUUGUGAUAGAUACCUUCCUAAAGGAAGUGGGGAUCCCAUACCCUCAGACCGGAUAGUAGUCUUAACUCCUGGUCCAACAAGCAUCCAAAAAUCUGCUGAAAGAGUCGAAUCCUACUUCUCCUUGCAAUAUCCUUUUAGCUUGAGAAUUAAGGGACAAAGUGCUAGACCCGCACUUUUUUCCUUUGGUCGUGUAAAAAGGAAGUUGAAAUCUGUGUUGGGGUUUAACAAAAAAGAGCGGCACUGGAUGCCAAUCAAGAAAAAAUUAGAAAAAUCUCUGUGCGACUGCGAGGGUUCAGAAGAUGGUGGCAACAUACUAAAUACUAAGGUUGCUGGAAUAAAGUUGCCUAGUGGUGUCCUUGACGUUUGUGGGAUGGAGAAAUCUUCUCUCGAUGUCGGGAAAACAGACAAGACACAAAAACAUGCCCUCUUGCCUACACUUAAUCCUGGAAGGGACUGGGAAAUUGGCUUUUCUUUGGGGCAAAAGAGAUUUUCCCCAUAUGGCAAUCAUCAAAUGAUAUAUGAGAACAGGUGCGGGUUUCAGAAAGAAAGGAAACACAGUUGCUUAAGUUAUGUAAAGAAAAACAUAGAAGCUCUACCAUCAGAUGAUGCUAUGAAACCCAAUGAUCCAUUGCAAGUUCCUGAAACAAAGCCAAAUAUCUCAGAGAAUCAUUUUGCUGAUAUCAAAGUCAAAGAAUAUGAUAUGAGCCCAAUAGGUGAAACCAAGGCUUUGGAUGUGCCCUCUGAAUCAUAUAGCACACACCAGGCUGGCCCUAAUCAUGGCACUGGCACACUCUAUGCAUGUGAGAAAAUUGGAUAUAUGGAGUCGUCAAGACUGCAUUCAUCAUCAAAGAAUCAACAAUUAAAAUUUUUAUCAGAAGUUUCUGUGUCAAACUCUUCAAGCUAUCAGAGAGUGGAAGAUUCUGAAAACCAGAAAGAUCAAGCGAUGCAGCCGAGUCAGCUAUCUGUUCUCGAGAAGGUGUUUACAGAAAAUCUCGUUAUCCCUUCAAGCAACAUAUACCAACCUGCUGAGUUACCAGUUGAAGCACUACAAGUUAACUUUGAAGGCCACCAUCCUUGUGCUGAAGAAAGGCCUCCUUUAGGCCCUAAAAUCAAUGUAACAACUACUAUGAAUGGUGACGCGUCCUACUCUGAGUAUAUAAGUGCAGUAUUACAAGCUUCUGGCUUGAAUUGGGAUGAGUUGUCAAUAAAGUGCCAUUCAUCGGAGCAACUUCCUGAUCAAUCCUUAUUUAAUGGAUUGAAGAUGUCAAACAACCAAUUCUGUGGUGCUUUUAUGCUGCUCUUUGACUGCAUAAAUGAAGUCCUAGCAGAGGCUUGUCAAUCUAAUUCUGGAUCCUCUCCUUGGAUACUGUGUAUCAAACCAAUAAUUCAACCACUUACUGUGGAUAAAACUGUGAUUCAGGAGGUGAGAAAAUGUGUUGAUCGGUACCUUCUUCCACAGCCACCACCGCAAACACCGCAGCAGCUUGCUGAGCAGGACUUGGCAAGAUCUAGAACAUGGCUGCAUAUUGGAGAAGAAACUGAAGAUAUUGCUAUUGAAAUGGUAGAAGGUGCCUUGGAAGAAUUGCUGAUGGAAAUUAUCCUUGAAUUGUACAUUUGAAGCAUUAUAGAUUCGUAUAUUGCAGCAGAAGAAUUAGGUAGCUUGGAUGGGUUAGCACAGUUGGAUUUUCACUUGAUUUCUAAAAUUCAAUGGCCUCUUUGGAGUCAUUGCUUGAUGCACAGUAAUCAUUACAUGGUGUUUCUUAUUUGGAAAUUGUUUCAGAGGGAUAAGAAUGAAGCCUGUUACUGACUUAGAGGAGUUUGGUGGAAGCAACUUUGAAUCUGUAACUUGUUUCAAGCUUCCUGCACAUUGUAGAAUUUACUCUCAGCCUCCAAAAGCUAUCAAUAAUAGGGUUCUGUUGGGGUUUC